AUGUCGAUAUUCUUGGCGACAGUACCUGAGGGCACGCAGUUGUAUCAUGGUACUUCAGACCCAGACUUCGUAAAGGGAAUGCAGUGGCUGGCUUUCGAACCAGAGCAUGCGCUAAUCUUUGCGCGACCACGUGGAGGACCUGGGAGACCUCCACCUGGGAAAGGAGAAGGGCCACCGGACGAUAGAGACUCUGGUUCAGAAGGCAUGACGCGAUCUCCACAAAAACGACACUCCCAACAGCCCCUUCAAGAGCCUAUGCCUGCCCCUCAGGACCCGCCCAUGGGCCACCUGCAUACCUACGCGCCUGUUCACGACCUCCGCCUGCUCUACAUCGAUGGCCUCAGCGCAGGCAAAACCUCCAAUGGCACGCUAGACACCCAGGACCUCCUACUGUUGAACCUAACGUCCAGCAACCCCGACGGUCCCAUGGGCGGCGAAAUGGCGCGCGCCCAGGGGCUAUGCUCACUCGCAUCCACGACAUGGGGGGGACGCAUCGACGGCGUGCUUCGGCUCGAGGGCGGCUUCGAGAUCAUCCUGUGCGACUUUGAAGCACACCUCCAGCGCGUUGAUGUCGUGUCCGUGGCCUCUCGUCGCGCGCCCAUGCUCGGCGGCUGGGAGUACGUCAAGGCGAUCACGUCGCGCUACCACGGCAUCGGCGGGGCGCGCGUUCACGUCGAUACGGCCGACUUCGUCAGCGUGUUCGAGUAUGCGCCUGCGGGUCUGUGGGACAACGACGUGCGCUCGGACGUCAAGAUGCCGCGGCUCACGCACGUUGCGCCCGAGGUGUUGCGCGCGGCCAGAGACGACGUGGCAGCGCUGGUGCUGCGGAAGGACUGGGAGGCUCGCGAGGGCCGCGACUGGCAGGGCGUGGCGGACAUGGUGGUAGCGCGGUACUCGGGGCCGCUGCACUACAUCGCCACGAACAGGGUGUUUCGCGAGGACGGGGCCGCGCUGGCGGUGUACCUGGGGGAGCUUCUGCGGCCCUUUGUUGAUGUGUCGGCACGCAAUGCGGCGCGAGAGACGGAGCGCUGUGUUGCGCAGUUUGUGCCUGCGCUGCCGGCGCUGAGUAUUCCACCGAGUUCGCUAACGCCGCUGGGGCACCGCGCGACUCAUGCUGUGGCGACGCGGAUCUGCGAUGCGCUGCUGACGAGUUGGUCGAUUGCGUCGUCGCCGCUGCCGCACUCAGGCUUCUCGACUGUGUACGCUGAGCACGCGGUCGAGGUGGUGCAGGAGCUGGUUGAGUGGCUGGGGUGGACGAGCUGGAAAGACUGCGGGACGUGUGGCGAAGAGGAGGUGUGCUUUAUUCCUAUCUGGCCCAUGGGCAAUCUAGAGGACCAUGCAAAGCCGAAGUGUAGAGGGGAGAAGGACGCUGAAGGUCGAACGGGGUAUUGGGGGAGGAUGGGACCGCCGCCGGGCAAGGGACGGGCACCUGGUGAGAGAGAUGUAAAGAGGUAG